ACUGCCAUGAACGCGCCUGCAGCCGCCCGGUAGAAAUGCGCAUGCGCAGUGGCACACAAAUGGCGCUGUGCCCGCGGCAUCAAUUUGUCAGCGAUAAUACCACACAAGUUGUCCGCUCUUAGACUUUAGUGGACAAGUUUUUCGAUCCACCCCCACCCCUUUCUUGGAAGCUGUGCUUUGCCAGUCUAAUUACAAGCUUUCCCUGGAUACUCCGCCAGACAAAGGGGGUGGGGGAGGCGAGAUGCUGCGGGUGCUCAAGCUGUUGAAACGAGGUGAAAAGUGUGGGUGACCAAAAAUAUAACAACAGAAAGGAAAGAAAGAGAAAACCUGGCGAGGGUUAAAGAAUGGUGCCAUGACACUCAAGGCUUUUCCUCCCUUCUUCUUCGCUCUCAUCUCACAAUCUGUUCUUUUUAUCCACCCGGCGACAUCAGGGUCUUCAGGAUUCCAGUGGAUGGUGAGGCUGCGGAAGACAACACCAACGUCCCAAGGCAUGUGACUUUAGUGGAUUAACCUGCUUCUUCCUUCCAUCGACAGCUGGAGCUGGAUGCGUUUGUGAAGACGGAGAGUGUUGCGACAGGAGUGAUCUGCCUUGACUGUUACAGACCGUGGUGGCGCUGUGAGGCGCUGGGAGGCUGGUGGCCGGUCAGUGGGUUCAUGUGGAGGCGCUGGGUGCUGAGCUGCUGGCGGUGCUGUGACGUGUAAGGGGGACGUAGACACGUGGGGUGCCUUCUCAUGUCAGGUGACUGCACGGCUACUAGGAUGGUGUGUCUCACCUGCUGCUUCAUUUCCUUGCUGUGGAUCUUCGUCAGAUACACGGAACUCAGUGGCGCUGCGACCUCCCACGACAUGAUCCGCCUGCGGCGAGACGUGCUGUCCAACUACAGUCGGGGCAUCGUGCCCCUCCACAACCAGAGCCAGUCCGUGCAUGUCAACGUGUCCUUCUUCCUCAUCAUGAUUCACGACCUGGACAUGAAAAACCAGGUGCUUACUGCAAGCGGGUGGCUGAAGAUUGACUGGCGGGACGAGUUCCUGGUGUGGAAUCCUGCAGACUAUGGCGGCAUCGACGAGCUGAUCGUCUUCCAAAGGGAAGUCUGGCUGCCCGACUUGUUUGUGGAGAACACGGCCCAGAACUAUGUAGAACUGGGCAAUGAUGCCAUGUUGAUCAGCGUGACUAACGAUGGCAGCAUCAUCUGGGAGCCCGGCAUCGUCACGGAGACCAGCUGCGCAGUCAACAUCGGAAAGUACCCGUUCGACACCCAGAUCUGCGACAUCAGAUACCUGACUUGGAUGCAUACGAAUCGCACGCUGUCGGUGGGGCCGGAAUUUGAGGAGAUUAACCUGGACGCCCAGCUGCCCAACGGCGAGUGGGACAUCACCAUGACCGAAGCACGCUUCUAUUCCUACCCGAGCACGUACCGCCUGGGGUGGGAGCACACGGGGGUGACGUUCGUGGUGCACCUGCGGCGCAAGCGGACGUUCUACAUCCUCAACACCAUCAUCCCCGUCGUGAUGCUGUCGCUGCUCAACGUCCUUGUCUUCAUCCUGCCGGCUGACUGUGGCGAGCGCAUGGCUCUGGCCGUCACCGUCCUUCUCUCAUUCACCGUCUACCUGGGCAUCAUCUCCGACAACAUGCCCAAGACCUCGGAGAGCCUCUCCUUGCUCGCUGUCUACUUGACAACGCUUCUGGCCGUCAGUACGUUGUCAGUCAUCUCCGCCGGGCUUGUACUCAACAUCCACCACCGGGACCCACGCCACCCGGUACCCAGCAGCCUCAAGUAUCUUUUCGACAGGAGCGGCCACCCGUCCUCGUGGACCCGCAGAUCCACCCUGAAGAAGACCUUCAGCAACAACUCGGAGGCCAGCGAGUUCACUUCGCCCCCAGAGACCGGAAGCUUGGCACCAUCCGGGCACUCCGAGCACUUGAAGGAACUACAGGUCGUCUGCGAGACCAAGGUGAAGGUCAAAGAGAACGGCGAGCACGACGUUCAGUUGCGGAGUAUGGGUGGGGGUGGCGGGGGCGGUGGACAGCGGCGGCGGGGUGGGGGUCACGUGCCCCCCGAGUGUCGGAGACUGAUGCGAGAGCCAGAGAUCGUGCGCGCACCGGAACUGACGUGGCACGAGAUCGGCAAGUCGCUAGACAGCAUUCUCUUCUGGAUCUUCUUCAUCAUCACCAACACCGUCACCACAAUCAUCCUUCUAAUGUUCGUUGGCUGGUAA